UGCAUGCGUGGGAUGUCAAAUGGCGCAGAGCUGCUGGGUCGAAUGGAUAAGUACUCCGUCCUUAAGAUCGUCAUAAUGCAGAGCAGUCUCAACAGACGGGUAGUACAAGUUUACCCAUUGGUAGUGCUGGCUGCAGCUCAAUGCCAUUGGAUAACGCCGGUUACACCGCACAUAAGGCUCGAGGAUCGUACAGCCACUUGCGCCCCCGGCCUACGGAAGGAUUCAAGAACGCGCCAUCGAACGCUUGCCCGGUGCUGACUCUCUGGUUACCUCUCCUCUCUCCUUCGUCUGUGAGCCUGCACCGCUUCUGAGUUCCUUUGCCUUGUACCGGUAAUAUGUCUGCUAUUCUCUUGCUAUCCUCGCUUCUCAUCCCAUCUGUCCUUGGGCAGAACUGUUUCUGGAGGGCCAGCAACACCAUUCAGGCCCCGGGGAGUGGAUGGUUCGCAUGCAACAAUACACAAGUUAAGGCUGGCGGCGCGCAACUAUGCUGCAUAGUCGGAUCCCAGUGCGGCGAGGACUCCAUCUGUCACAAGUACGGCUUCGCAAGGAAUGAAUGAACCCGACCGCUGACCAUGCACAGCAACGAUGGCUACUAUCUAGGCGGUUGUACAGAUGGGCAAUACUCGGACCCCGUUUGUCCGACUGAAUGCUCGGCAGAUGCCCAGACU